AUGAGUACCAUUCCAAAAACUGCUUCGGAAUUGCAGUAUACAACUGCUUCGAUUCCGUCAACAACUUCAACAGAGACUAAAGUAGUCGAAGUAACAACUAUGGGCUCAACUGUUUCGCUGGGACAAACUUCAACAAUACGCGCACAACCAACAACUUCAGCGAAGUAUUGCGAAGUAAAGGAAUAUAUAAACCAUCUUAUUGCUACAAACUCUGUCAGAACAAUGCCCACUGAUUUCUUAAACAAGCAUGAUUUGAUCUCUAGAGGUGUUGAUUUCCCUGACGAGCAAUCUGUCAUAAUAAUUGACAUACCACAAGGUGGCACUGUUGUUCGUAAUGUGAAACUUCUUUCGAGCAAUGUUGCUCAAGUUGAAGUUCGUUUUGCAACCAAAUCUGGUAGUGAAAUUACUUCACUUCGAGGUGCUCCAACAUCAUUACCCGCAGAUAUGUUUCCAACAGAAAAAGUGAGCAAGAUUGUUAUAAAAGUGACUAAAACCAGCGACAAUUACUCACCACACGAUGUCACAUUAUCAAUAAUCGUAUGUGAGGAAAACUCUGCAACGUAUUCAACUUCCACAGUAAGCACUGUGACACAGCUUUUAACAGAAAAUACUCCCGAAGCAACAAGCUCUUUAUCCAUCUAUGACACCGAAACGACGACUACGACAAUCAUGUUUCCAUCAAAAACCAAUGACCAAACGACUGUAGUAGGCGUACCACACACAACUCCAACAACUACGCAACAAAUCAUUCCCACGACAAUAACAAAUAUAAGUUGCGAAGAAAUGGAACUAGUUCCCAUCCUCAUUUCAACAAAUGCGAUUAUCACAACACCAGAAGAUAUUUUGAAUAAAAAUGAUUUGAUUCAUAAUGGUGUAAACUUCACACAAAUGGAGCCUAUUUUUGUCAUUGACAUGCCCAAAGGUGGUGUAAUAAUGCGUGACUUGAAACUCACCUCAACCAAUGUCAUAGAAAUCGAAGCAACCAUAAUGGACGUAUCGGGAAACGAAAUCGGAACAAUUCGAGAUAAUCCAUCCAAUUCAUUAAAAGCACAGCUUCCAACACAACUAGUCGGACAAAUCAUAAUAAUGAUUAAACAAACCAUCGCUGACAAUCCACCUCAAAGCGUUACAUUGUCCAUCAUCGCUUGUGAAAAAAUAUUGACGACAACGACAAUGACAGAGGGUUACACACAAAUCAAACAAUACACAACAACAACCAGUUCCAUAACUACGACCCAUUCUAGAAAUGAAUCGAAAAAGUCAACUUCGAUACCACAGAAAACAACCAAAAUAAUGACCUCUUCGAGACCGGUAACAACAACUACUGCAGCCACAAAAACCAGUCAAAAACAAGUCUGUGAACACAUGGAGUAUAUAGAAAAGCUUAUUGCAAGUAAUGCUGUUACUACGCAACCAGAGGACAUUUCAAACAAAAGUGAUUUCAUCUCCAAUGGAGUUGACUUUAUUCAUAAAAAUCCACGAAUUGUGAUUGAUAUACCCAACGACGGUGUUAUCAUUCGAGAUAUCAAAGGUCUAUCAAGUAAUCUCCAGGAAGUUAAUGUGAGUUUUACAACCAUCUUGGGUAACAAUGUAAUUUCAAUACGUGGAAGUCCAACAGCUUUGCCAAUAGACGAAUUUCCCAUAGAAAAGGUCGUAAAGAUUAUCAUCGAGUUGACAUCGACUAGUGACAACAGUUCGCCUAAGGGUGUGACUUUAUCAAUAGUUGCUUGUGCUCCAGGUACAACGACAGCAAUGACAGAAGGAACAACAAGUGUUGGUUCGAAAUUAACGGAAGCGAAGAUUUUUGAAACCACAAUUCCUGUCCCCAUGCCUGGCGAAACCAAAAAAACCAGUACCAGUACAUCACCAAAAAGUGUUGCCACAACUGAACACAUCCUAGCAACAUUGACAAGGAGCGAAGGUACUGCUGCAAGUACCGACAAAACAGCAGCACAACGUCCAACUUCAUCUGAAAGUAGCGAAGAAACAGUGUCGGUGAUUAGGACUACUAUAUUGUCUCUACCACAAACAACCAUGAGAAAGUACUGCGAACAUAUGGAAUAUAUAGAAACGCUUAUUGCUACUGACGCUGUCACUACUCAACCCGAAGACAUUUCGGACAAAAGCGAUUUAAUCUUCAAUGGAGUCGACUUUGUUCAAAACAACCCAGUGAUCAUUAUAGAUGUACCAAAUAAUGGAGCUUUCAUUCGGGAUAUUAAAGUUCCAUCAAGUAAUCUCCAUGAGAUCACUGUGAGUUUAAAAACCAUCUCCGAUGAAGAUUUAACUCCAAUUCGCGGAAGCCCGACGGAUUUGCCAACAGACAACUUUCCAUCUGAAAGGGUUGUGAAAAUCAUCAUCGAAUUGACGUCUACUACUGAUAAUAGUCCACCUAAGGGUGUGACUUUAUCAAUAGUUGGCUGUGCUCCUGGUGGAACAACCCUGGUGACAGAAGCUACUACAGCUCCUGUUCCGAAGACAUCGGAAACAAUACCUACAGCUAUAAUAAUCCCUGUCACAAUGCCUAGUGAAACCGAAACUACAAUACUAUCCAUUGCAGCAGCAACUCUUUCCACAAUUGGAAAGACGACAGAACCAACAGAGGCAACUGAAAUGGCUACCAUCACAAACCAUACAGUAACAACAUCAGCCGCCACUUCAUCUGAAAGUAGCGAGCAAACAGUCUCACUUAGUAGCACCAGUACGCCACAAAUGCAAGAAACAACGAUGAAAAAGUUCUGCGAACAUAUGGAGUACAUAGAAACUUUAAUUGCAAGUGAUGCUGUUACUACUUCACCAGAGGACAUCUCAAACAAAAAUGAUUUGAUCUCACGUGGAGUGGACUUUGUUGACAAGAAUCCAAGAAUUAUCAUCAAUAUACCAAAGG